GCUUUAGUCCCGCACAGCGCGGGUGAGGCGGGGCCCAGGAGCACCGCCUUCAGGCUAGGAGGGUGUGCGCAGGCGCAGCCGGACGAGAGACACUCUUACCCAGCCCUCCUUUCCAAUCAACUGCAGCAGGAGCACAAAAAAGUCAUUUCCGGGAAAGUGGGGCCACGCUUAUGGGUUGCAACAUGGAGGCGACUCGUGGAACUAAUGAGCCGGUGAGACGCUGCUCUGGAGCCGGCCUGAUAUUGAGAUGGCUUGGGCCAUGAGAGCAAUGCAGCAUGCCGAAGUCUACUACAAACUGAUUUCAUCAGUUGACCCACAGUUCCUGAAACUCACCAAAGUGGAUGACCAAAUCUACUCUGAGUUUCGGGAAAAUUUUGAGAGACUCAGGGUAGAUGUUUUGGACCCAGAAGAGCUCAAAUCAGAGGCAGCUAAAGAGGCCUCUCCUUGUGCAUGCUGUCAGGAACCAACACACUUGGCCCAGCUUCAGCAUGAGAUAUUGCUGCCUGGCAGGAAGAAGGAGACUCUCCCAGCUUCCUUGGCUCCAUUACAGCCCAUCUGGGGAGGAGCCAAGAGGAAACUUUACAAAUUUUUUGCUACUGCUGUUCCUGUCUUCAAGAAAUCCCAGGUAACCAUUGUUAUAACCUGGGUUGUAUCUGCAACUUGCUUUUCUUUCUUGGCUAUUCCUCCUAGUUAGUGGAAUCUUGGCAAUUCCUUGAAGAUACAGUGCUCACUAUUUAAUAGCCACAAAAUAUUCCAUGGAAUGGAUAUCAAUUUAAUUCAACCAUUUCCCUAUUUAUGAACAUUUUCUGUGUUUCCACCUUUUUUUGGCACUACUCACAAUGUUACAGUAAACAUUCUUAAUGCUUUCAGAUAAAUCCCCAGUCAUAGGCUGUGUUGAAGAGAGUAUCCUUAGUUUUAUUGUGCACAUUACCAGAUUACUUCUCUCACACCCAAAGAGAUGUAACAAUACCCACUUCUACCAAGCCCCACAUCCUCUUUAGAGCUAAAUCUUUUUUUUUUUUUAAUAUUUAUAAUUUUUAUUUUAAAAAGCCAGCUGCUAUCCAAUUCAAAACAAAAAUUAAAGCAAAUACUGCAGGAUUAUAAUCUUACAAUAUGACUUUUGUUUUUUCAUUCAUUUAAUCAAUAAAAUUUCAUAAUAUUUUUUCUGUUCAGUACUAUUAUAUAUGUGAUUGGGGUAGGAUAAGUAGGGGAAUAUCUAAUGUUAGAUAAUACAUAAUUAAUGUUUUAGCUAGGUAUAUAAUAUUGAGUUCUUCUUUGGCCUAAUCCUGUGCUAAGUACUCUGUGUAUGCUGUCUCUCAUCUUUAUAACAGCCCUUAUGCAUAGUUUAUAUGACUAUCCCCAUUCUACAGGUGAAAAGUUGAGAAAUUGAAAAUUGAGAAGCUAAAUAAUUUUCUUAAGACUGUAUAUUUGCUAAGAGGUAGAGCUUAGACUUGAACCCAUGCUUGCAUGAUGACAAAGUCCAUUAGAGCUAAAUCUUUUCAUACUUGAAAGUAUGUGAUAAUCUUAAGAAAAAAAAGGAUAUUGUGCUUAGCUUUAUUUUGCUUUCUUCUAUUAGUUAAAAUGAGCGCCUUUUUGUAUGCUCCAGGCAUUUUGAAUUUGUUAACCUGAAGUGGACAAUUCAUAGCCUUUGCACAUUUUUUAAAUUGGAUUGGCUUUUUAAAGAAUCAGUUCAUAAGAACUCCUUGUCUAGUAUACAAAUUAUACCUUUAUCUG